GAGCUCGGAGCGAGCCCGCGCUGAUGGCACAGCAAUGCGGAGGGACAGCAUCGCGCCCGCGGAUAUAGCAGCAACUUGUGCCCGCGGGGAUGCGAGCGAGAAAGCGGCACUUAAGCGGACCUCAAAGUUCAGCCGCGGUGGCGCUCAAAUGCUGAUGAUCUGACCCCACCGACCCGCUGACCCGCGCGACCACGCCACUUUCGUUUCAACUUUUUCAAUCCGAACAUGGCCGUUCGAGGCAACUCGCUCAUGCCCUUCUCCAUCCAGGCUAUACUUAACAAGAAGGACGACGACAGGCACUUGCCCGAUCUGGACGUGUGCUUCUCCAAGACGACGUGCUGGAAAAUAUUCGGGGACGUGCGCGCCGCCUCCGGGGAGCCGCCGGAAAAGAGCUACGACUCGGACUCGGGGCUCAGCGAGGACAACGACCCCAAGGCUGCGGGAGUCGUGCAGGGACUGCGGUCGGAGAAAGACGCCGGGGCCGCGUCUGAUGUGCCGGACGAGAGUCCGCAGGAGGAGACAGACCACGAAUCUGCAGCCGCGGACAACAGCAAGAGUGACAGCGAGCUCCAGAACGCUGCGGACUCGAGUUGCACUGCAGACGAGAAGUGCUCCGAGCAGCCCAAGCAGAGAAAGAAGCGCUCCCGGGCGGCCUUCUCCCACGCGCAGGUCUUUGAGCUGGAGCGCCGCUUCAACCACCAGCGGUAUCUGUCCGGGCCCGAGCGCGCCGACCUGGCCGCCUCCCUCAAGCUGACAGAGACUCAGGUUAAGAUCUGGUUCCAGAACCGGCGCUACAAGACCAAGCGUCGGCAGAUGGCCGCCGACCUGAUGGCGUCCACGCCGGCCGCCAAGAAGGUGGCGGUCAAGGUGCUGGUGCGCGACGAUCAGAGACAGUACGGCCCGGGCGAGGUGCUGCGGCCCCCGCUGCUCUCCCUGCAGCCUUCCUAUUAUUACCCUUACGCGUACUGCCUCCCCGCGUGGACACUCUCGUGCACGGGAAACCCAUGAAAAACACAACGGACUCUAUUUAUUUGAGGACUUUUUUCUGUCUCUUUUUUUCCUUUUUGAGGGGGAGACACGGAACUUUAACUUCCUUUUUUUCCCAAACCAAAGUGGAUGUCAAUGACAGGACCUAUAAUUGGACAUUUAUUGCUUUAUAUUUACAUCCUACCUCUGCAGUGAAUGUCAGUUGUUUUCGUUGUUGUUUUUUUCGUUUUCAUUAAAUUGCAGGCUGUGUGUUUAGUCCCCCCCCCCCUUUCCCCUCCCUUUCCGCUCUGUUUGCAAAGGUAAGAGAUAUUUAAGCACUUUUUUCUUGGAAGCAUUUAAAUAGAAGAAAGAAAUCCUGGCAGCAAAAAUUCCUCUUUAUAAUGUAACGUGUGCUUUUUCUUUUUUUGGAUGGUACAAAAAUAUUAAAACA